UUCACACCCCUAAGCGUUUUCUGCAGCAUUUUGCAGAAACGCAGUACAGUCCAUUUAACAUGAUUUCCUAUGGGACAUGUUCACAUCUCUGCAUUUUCACCCGGUGUGUUAUUUGGAAAGGGUCAGGGACUUUUUUGAAUGCAAAAAGUUGUUGUUUUGCUUCUAGAGAUGGGAAACACUGCAGAAAAAGCAUGUUUUGUGUUUUUGCUGCAUUUUAAAAAAUGGCAAAAACACGGCAAAUACACGUAAAAAAACGCAUGUGCAAAAACGCAAUGCGAAAACAGCUCAAACGCAACCUGCAUAGGUGGGAACCUAGC